AGUGGAACACAAAAUUUUGAUGCAAGCUCCCUGUGAAUUAUUAUCGACGGUGUCCAUUUCCAUUUGCAAUUGGCCAAUUGCAAUUGCAAUUUGCAACCACUAAAAUAUCCCCGGUUGCCUCCUUUCCGUUCUCUCUCCCUUUUUUUUAUAACAUUUGUUCCCAAUUUUUCAUCUCAAAAAAACAAUUAAGCCGCCAACUUAUCUGGCUUAAAUUAAACUAGACUAACUUCCUCUUCUUGUUGCUUGAACUAGUGAAAUAAAGUUGUCAGGUAAAAAAAAAAACCAAUAACAAAAAUAAAAACCCAGCAAAAAAAUGGCAGAAUAAAGGAUAAAACUAUAAAGAAAUGGGAGAAGGAGAUUCAGAAUCAUCAAAUGGAGGGUGGGUUAAAGUGAAAGGAUUGUUGAUUAAAACAGCGGUUGUUGUGGGUGGAGCUCUUUUUCUUCGUCGCCUUACCAAAUCCACCACUCGUCGCGACCAUGCUCGUUUCGUCUCUCAUUCUUUAUCCGGGGAGAAGAAUUCAAGAGAGCAAGCUUCUAGAGACCCUGAUCAUUAUUUCAAUUUGAGAAUGGUUGCCUGUCCAGCUGCAGAAAUGGUGGAUGGCUCAAACGUUCUAUACUUCGAGCAGGCAUUUUGGAGAACUCCUCAGAAACCCUUUCGUCAGAGGUUUUUUAUGGUGAAACCUUGUCCCAAGGAAAUGAAAUGUGAUGUUGAGUUGAGUACAUAUGCCAUUAGAGACAUGGAGGAAUAUAAGAACUUUUGUGAUCGGUCGAAGGAUCAACGUCCACUUCCUGAAGAAGUUAUUCGGGAUAUCGCUGAACAUUUGACAACUGUCCAUCUCAAACGCUGUGAUCGUGGAAAGCGCUGCUUAUAUGAAGGGACAACACCAUCAGAGGGAUUUCCUAAUACUUGGAACAAUGCCGCUUACUGUAAAUCGGAGCUGGCUGUCUUGAAGAACAAUGAGAUACACAUGUGGGAUAGAGGAUAUGAUGACGACGGAAAUCAAGUUUGGGGAGUCAAAGAAGGCCCUUACGAAUUCAAGCCUGCAUCUACAUCCAGUUUCAAGGACAUGUACUCUCCUGUUAAUUUAUUGUCUCCGUUGUCCUUGGACAAAAGGAUAGAGGGCUCUUUUGUUCUACAGGAGUGAGUAAAAUCUAGUUGUACAUGCAUUAUGUAAAUCUCUUUGACAUUUAUAAGAUAGCAAAGAAAUAAGUUCUAUUAUUUGGGCAA